AAAAUAUUUCAGUAGUCAUUAAUAUUUAUAAGUCAGGUGAAUAGUUUUUAUAACAAUUUUACAUUCUCUAACGAAAAACCUUUUUCUGUUUUUCGGAGCUUACUUCAAAGUAGAAGUGAAAUGGUAUAAGGAAACUUAUAAUCCCAGUGAACUUCUAAAAGCAACAUUUAGAUCAACCUGCAAUCAAUAAGCAGAUUGACUAAGAUUCAGUCUACCAACUUAUGUAGAUGAGGUCAAUCAAUCAAAGGUCAACCUAGAAAAGAAUAAUCAAUGAGAAUGUAGAACAAAGGUUAUGAAAGCAACCAAUCACAAACAAGAAUACCCAAUUUAAAACAAACUAUCAACCCGCCCACUCACUCAGUCACUCACUCACGCAAACACCAACGUGUAUACGCACACACAAACACACACACAUCUAUAUGGCAUUGUGCAUUUCAAUGAGAAUAGUUUCUUCAAUGUAAAUGAUUUAUACAAUGCCAACCAUUCAUACACAAUUGAGAUGGUUUGAAAUUUAUCUCUAUUACAAAAGAAUGCUGAGUCUAUCAUAUUAAUUAUCUUAAUACACAGAAUAACACAACAAUAUUACUGAUAAAUUACUGAAAAAAUUGGUUAGCUCAUUCAAACAAAAAAAUGGUAUUACUAUUUAUUCACUGGACACAACUCGACCAAGUUUACAAAUUAUAUUCUUGAUAUUCCAAAAGUGUGAAAAUGCAUUAUGUAUACACAUAAUUAAGUGUUGAAGAAUUUGGAUUUAAACACUGAAUUGACUUCAUUCAAAAAUUAUUUCAUGGAAGAAUCUUGAAAAGAUAAAAAAACAAACAUUAAGUGAUAUUUUGUUAGGUUUCUAGAAACAAUCACAUCAAUUUUUUUUGGUAUCAUAUAUUGAAGUUGAUACUUGACAAUAGUUUGACAAUUCAUAGAAUUCUUCAGUGAUUCUACCUGUAUGUGCAUUUCUGUUUGUGUUGGUUUUUUCGAACGGGAUCUAAUUUGACUCACUACUCUUUCAACUUCUCUCAUUGUGUUUAACUGAGUGAGGAUAUCAAAAGGAAUAAUAUAAAGACAGUAAAAACAUGCGUUGGUUUCAUCGGCACAGUAAAAAAAAAUAUGAUCAAUAUGAGACCUAUGGGAUUCGUGCACCAAAAAAGUCAAUUCUUCGAUCAAGUUCUCGUGUUAAUCCCAAUCUGAAUUCGUUAGAAGAUAAAACUUUUGAUUCAGAUACUGCAACUAGUGUGUCUCUGGUUAAUCUACGAUCUUCACCUUCGGAAGUCAGGCGUAGAUUCCAUCCAACAAAUCGAUUAUCACAUUUAAAUGGUAGUGACCAAUCAGAUAGUGAAAAUGAUAAUCAUUUAGGUCGUGGUCAUAGAAGCGUUUUGUUUCUUGACCAAGUUGCAGCGCCGGAUCGAUAUCGCACAUCAAGAGUCUUAGAUUUUGAUUCUGAACCAAGUAAUUAUUCCACAGUUAGCCGUAGGUCGCCAUCAUUUCCUCGAACUAUCAGUCCAUCAUCAUCAUCAUCAUUAGCCUCCUAUCCAGCUAAUUAUGAACCAUCACCGUUAAUACGUAAAAAGAAUUUUGAUGAUCCAGGUAUUGAGCUAGUCAGUUGUAGUCCGCUUUCGUGUUCAUCAAUGAAUAAUCGCCAAGAACACCACCAUCACCAUCAUAAUUUUAAAAUGCAUAAAAUUAAACCUGCCAUAAAACGUCUAUCCUAUUUGAACGCAUUUGGUAGAAAACAUAGAGAUUUGAAAAGAGGCAAUCUUACACUGAUAUUAGAUCAGGAAUUGGAUGGCGUUGAUGAUGGUAGCAAUAACGAUGAUGAUGAUGACAAUAAUGAUGAUGAUGAACAUCGAGAAAUCCAUGAACAAUACAAUGAACAAUAUGUCUAUGAAGAAUUACCACGUCUAGAUACUCUGAAACUGUCACCAAAUGAUUCAUAUUCAAGUGAUGUACAUGAUAUAUUGACUGUACCAAAUUAUGGAGAUGAUUACUUCUAUAAAAAUAUUCGGAAAAAUGAAUUAAAUCAUUCAAGAAAUAUUCUAAAUGAACGAAAAGGAACAAUUAUCAAGAUUGAUCGUCAUAAAUCUGAAAUUCAUCAGUCUGGAUUCAUGUAUCACCCUAAUCAAUUAAAACUUAAUUCAAAACAUAAUCCUAAUGGUAUUGAUUUCAACAAGAAAAACUCAGCACAAUACCGUUCAUCCAAUUCAGAACGCACUCCAACUGGCAGUACAGAAACAUUAGUUGAUUCAUCAAGAAAAUCAUCAUCAGAAAUAUCCGUCAUCCAUAUAGAUGAACAAAGUAAACUAUCAUACACAGGUUAUUCAAGAACUGUACAAAGUUCUAACUCUUAUCAAAAUCGGGUGGUUGAUACUAAUAAAGAUGGUUGGAAAACAGUGUCAGUUGACCAGUCACAAAAACACACUGUUAGUAAUAAUAGUAAUAAUAAUAAUAAUAAUAAUAAUAAUAAUAAUAAUAACGAGCGAACGGCAAAUCCACAAAGUCCUCGAAUCAUUUAUGUAUCUAAACGGAAUGAGAAUAAUAGUAAAUUAUCUACUAACCCGAAUAAUAUUUCUAUUUCUGGAUUAUCUAAUUCAAGUACAUUGGGAGCAUAUUCAUCACAUAAUUAUGAAUCAGAUCAAACUCAAAUGAAUCAAUUUAAACAUCCUAAUCAUAUUGUUUCUCCAGUUCGUAAAACAAAUGUGGUUACAAUUCACUACAGUGAUAACGAUGACUGAAAAUAUAAUCUUCGAAUUGUAUUCCUACUACUAUUAAUUCUUUGUUGAAUACUUACUGAAGUACUGUUUAUUCUUUUAGAGUUAAUCUAGAUUAUCCUUCAUUAUAAUAAUCUACUGUUUAUCCUAUCAGAAUUUCUUAUUAUCUUAAGUACUCAGACUAUGAUAGUUUACAGAUAAGAAACAUUAUUUUGCAAACAAACAAAAAAUGUAUAAAUUCUUUAUUCCUAUUCAAUGAUUGGGUGAAUAUAUAUAUAUAUAU